AUGGCUCGAGCAGCGAUCAUCCCACAGUCUCCGCCUAAACGGACCACCCGCGGUAGGCCCAAAGCAUCAACAACAACCGCUGCCAGCAGAUCUGCAACAACAUCGACCGCAACAUCCACCAAGCCGGUUUCGAGAACGGCCCGGACAAACACAACAGCAUCUGCAGUAGUAACAAGGAAAAGGACUACAAGAACCGCAACAGCGACGAGUUCGACGCGCAAGCAAGCGAAUUCGGACUCAGACGAGGCUACCGACGAUGAACUUGGCGUCGAUGCCACGAAGGAGAAAUCAAAGCCGGGGCGACCAAAGGCCAAGAGCUCCAUUGCGUCAAAUACUACCGCAGGCCGAGGAAGGAAACCUACAACGAUCACAACUCACGAUCCUGAAAGCGAGAAUGAUGAUGACGAACUUGCGCAGUCAGAUGCCCCCAAGAAACGGCCGGGGCGGCCAAGGACAAAGCCAGCGCCAAAGGAGGAGGAGCAGUUGAAACAGAAUACUGCACCGAGACCGAGAGGUAGACCGAGGGCAACCACAGCUUCGAAGCCUGUAACGACCUCAACUGCUGAAAAAGACGCCACGAAGAAGAAGACUACACGAGUACGGACCACUGUCGAUGCAUCCUCGCAUACUGCUCCCAAGCAUGUGGUUGUUACGACAAACUCUACUAUCAUGAGGUCAAACUUGCUCCGUGGACCGGCUAAAAAGAAGAAGGUUACCUUCCAGGACGUGUCUGACUCUGAAGAAGAAGAAGAGGCUAUGGAACCACCUACAACAACAACUGGAAGGCGGAGAGCAGCACCGACAUCCAAAGGGCAAGUUGGUCUGGGAGCGCAGCCGGUUCGCAAACCUGCCACGACGACUGGGAGGGGCCGUAAACCGGCAGCUACCAAGAAGGAGGCGAGUAAGCCACUUUCGCCGAAGAAAGCCAACCAGGUAGCCAAGUCUAUCUCUUCAUAUGUCAGCUCGGACGGCGAGGACGACGAACUCAGCGGUACCAAAGACCAAUUCAAACUCACCGUCAGUUCACCUCUUAAACACGGAUCAGAAAACACUGGAUUGAGCUCUCCAGUGCGAAAAAUCAACUUUACCCCGAGCAAAUUUACGAAGUCAGUGGACGAGAAUGGGGAGCCGACUCUCCAACCUACAAAGUCUGUUGACUUUGGUGAUUCGCUUUUCAUGUCCAGUCCUGCCAAGCGACCGACCCCGUCUCCUUUCCAGUACACUGUCAAGGAGACCCCUCGACGGGCUCGCCUAUCCUUCAAGGGGGAUGAGAAACCGAUCUCUCAACCGAACUUCACACCGAACCAGAACUCGCCGCUCAAGGCAUCUCCAAAGAAGGCUUAUCUGGAAACUCCCAGACACGGGGGCUUCGGUGUCUUCGAAGAUCAUCACGCGCUAUCUCAGCCCAACUUCACCCCUGGACAUAACUCGCCUCUCAAAUCAUCCCCAAAGAAAGGCAUUUUUGGUACAUCUUUCUCGCAGCCUCCAGAGGAAUCAACGUCUACCCCAUUCAAGUCUCGCUCGCUUUUGCUGCAGAGCCCUGCAAAGAGGAUCGCGUCUCCUUUCAAAAGCUCUCUGUUUUCUAGUGUCAUCGGAACGAGAAGUUUGCCGCCCAUGGAGCUUGGCGGAGAGAAUGAUCAAGCCAUGAACGAGAACAGAGAUAAUGCAGUCGACGUGGACUCGCCCCCGAGGAGAUCUGAGCAAGCAGAGUUGGCGGACAUGGACAUUGAGCAGGAUGAUUCAGAUAAUGCCUUUUCUGAGGAUUUGGCAUCUCCCGAAGUCGCUGCACCUGAAAAUGUGGCUGAGAAUGAGCUGGAAGAGUCACAACACGCAAGUAUGGGCGAUGAAUCUGCCGAUGAGCUGCCAGAAUAUCGCGCUGACGAUCACGAGGAUCAACCAGCCGUCUUGCUUGAUGAACAGUUCGAACAUCUUGAUAACGAGGAUGACCGCGCGUUUGAGCUUCAAAAUGAGCCCGCGAACGAGGAUGUAGGCCUUCAUAGCGAUGAGCUUGAUAAUGGCACUCUCGACGCCGAAAUCGAGAAUAGUCGCGCGGCGAGCCUUGCCGAGGAAUCCUUCUCCCAGCAAAAUGAUGAUCAAAUGGGAGAAGUCUUGGAUAAUGGUUGUGACCAUGAGGCAGAGGACUAUGCUGAUGGUUAUGCUGAGCACGCCGACAUUGUUCAUGAUUUGAAUGUACAGGACUUGAACCAUGCACCCAACAUGGGCAAUGAAUAUGACCCCGAUGCGACUGAAUCAGAACCAGAGGAAGAAGAGCCCGUGACUCACGAGACAUACGGCAAUGGCGAAGUGGAGGCCGAACUGGAGCAGCCUGCUUCCCCUUUCCAGCAGAACACGGAAGGCCUUGAAGAUGUGUUUGUCGAUACCGAUAUGGUUCCUGAAGAGGAAAACGAGGGGCCAGAGGUUGGAUCUGAGGUCGGAGAUCUCGAGGAUCUCGAUCCUGAGGAUGGUGAGAUGAGCCAACAUCAGCACAACGAGGAGUACGUUGACUUUCACGACGAGGUAUACUUCGACGACGAUGAGGCUACACUUGUGGCAUUUGAUACCACGGAUCAUUACAUCUAUGAUGUCCAACCGGAUGCCCAGGCAGACGUUGACGAAGCCGCUCAGGAGGAAGUCGAGUUGAACGAUGAAGUCGAAAACCAGCCGACUGUUCAGAACAACGAUCAGGCGAACAUCGAAGCCGAUGGCGAGGUUGACGUUCACGAGGAUGUUUACGAGGAGGUCCUGGCUGACGUGGAGGCGGACAAGCAAUCUGAGCCCCGAUCGAUCUUGCAGCCAGAAUCGGAAAGACGAAGCAGCCCCAUUGUCGAGCAAGCCAGGUCCCCUCUACACGCCGAAACACCAUCACCCAAUCAUGCUGUCUCUUAUCAAGGCCCUAUGGAAUAUCGUGAAGAUGAAGACGUAUCUGAUGCUGAGGCUACUACGGAGAUCCAAAUGCCUGCAACAAACGCCUCCGAGUAUUCGGAGCCCUCUAACACCAUGAAUCUCUACAGCCAAGAGGAGGACGUAUUUACAGCUCCUAGCAAACGCUCACGCUUUACUCUGCUGGCGGAGCAACUAAGCCAAUGGAAGGCUAGCACCCCUGAAAAGCCUCAGCCAAGGCGCGCAGGAAGGCGAGGCGUUUUCUCUCUUGGAGGACUCCGCAGGUCUUCACGCCGUGCAUCUCGUGUUUCUGGAGAAGUGGCAUACCCAGAUCUCGAGGGUGGCGCUAAAAUGCUGCAAGUCCAAUCUCUCAAUCGCCCAAGAGAUAGUGAAGUCUAUGCCGGUGUUCCUGAUAUCUUUGAAGACCAGAAUGGGCAAGACUUGGAAGAGCAUGAAGUUGAGGUGCCAAUGUCGAAAUCUCACAGAGAGCCCAUGAGUGAGUUGUUCAGUGAACCACAGCUGGAUUCCGCCCAGCCCGCUGCAUAUGAGGAAUUCCUCAAUCGCCAAUCUGCAAAUUCUUCCGAUCAAGCUAAGAAUGCAGCAACCUCGCCCAGCAUUCUCCUGGAGGGACCCUCUGAUGAGAACAAGGAGAACGAAGCGAUGGCAUCUCCCCGCCCCGUCACGCCAAUCAAGAAGCAGACAAACCCACUUCAAUCAUUUCACACCGUGUCGAAGGUCCCUUUAAAACCUGAAGGCCAUGUCUCACCUCUGAAGUUGUCCCGUAAACGAGGAAGGUCGCUUUCGAUGACUUCGCCUGUCCGCUCCUCACCUAGACUCCGCAAGCCCGUUGUUGCACCGAAGGAGAAAAGCGUGCUCCAAUUUUCCCCUCGAAAGGCACCGAAACUGCAACGCACAGACAAUCCGAGAGCUCGCCCAAGUGACCCCAGAAGGAGUUCUGUGGGACAGGCGGUAAGACGGUCUACUGCUCCAUCAGCGUCCCCAAGCCCCUCUAAAACCCCCCGGAAGAGCCUCCCAGCAUGCGAACAGGUUCUCGGAGGAGCCGUUGUGUUUGUCGAUGUACACACAACCGAAGGAGAAGAUGCAAGCGGCAUCUUUGUCGAGCUUCUGCAGCAGAUGGGAGCCAGAUGUGUCAAGAGUUGGGGAUGGAACCCCCGCGCGAGCAUGUGUCCAGCUGACGGUGCAGACCGCCGAGACAGCAAGAUUGGAAUCACUCAUGUUGUCUUCAAGGACGGAGGAGUGAGGACCCUGGAGAAAGUCAGACAGUCAAGGGGCCUUGUCAAGUGUGUCGGUGUCGGCUGGGUUCUUGACUGUGAGCGUGAGAACAAAUGGCUCGACGAAACCCACUACGCGGUCGAUAGUUCCAUCAUCCCCCGCGGCGGCGCCAAGCGCCGAAAGAGCAUGGAGCCCCGGGCAUUGAGCAACGUCAACGGAACUGUGGUCAAGGCGGAUAACGCCAUGACAACAUCUGCCAGCGGGAGACGAUCGGGAGUGGGUUUGACAACAAUGGAGGAUUUCAAGAGACUCACGCCUCCUGUAUCUCAGGAAGAGCCCUCCACUCCGCAAAGCAACAAGAAGUUUGCCGCCAUCCACACUGAGGCGGAUCAGAACUAUUGCCAGACGCCCAAGACUCCGGGCAUAUCCGGGUACGAUUUCAGCAGAAUGGACAGCAUGGGCAUGUCUCCAGCCACGCCCUUCUAUCUUUCGCAGAAGUCCAAACUCGUCCAGCAGACGUGUCCGCCUAAGCAAACGCGGCAGGGCCUCUUCUCGACCUCCUCUUCGUCGUUGAUCGACGACGAACCUAGCCAAAAGCUUCGCUUCAAGCUCGAGGCGGCGCGACGGAAGAGUCUUGCCUUUAAACCCAAGGUUGGGAGUCCGCUUAUCAAAUAA